AUGUCUGCCGGCGAACCCCAAGCCGUCACCAAACUCCUCGAGGUCUCGACCGGUGCCAAGCUCUACACAGAGUGUUGGCAAAUCGCCGGUGCGGCCCAACCUACACAGACCAUCGUUUGCAUCCACGGCCUAGGAAGCAGCUCUGCCGUUUUCUACCCCGUCGUCAAGCCACUCUUGUCGUCCUUCCCGGAUGCCCAUAUCCUCGCCUACGACCGUGCCGGUUCCGGUCUUUCCCCUCUCCCCGACUACGGCAACGUCCCCCUUUCGCUUUCGCACAUGCUCGUCGACCUAGAUGCGCUCGUCUCCGUCGAGGCGCCUACGGGGCCUCUCGUCAUUGUCGCGCACAGCGCAGGGAUCAUCGUUACCACCCGAUGGCUCCUCUAG